UUGAACCACCGGAAAAAAAGUUUGAAAUAAUUUUCGAUUUGUUGAAGAGAAAGUGACAAAACCAUUUGUUCUUCCAGAAUCUCUCUAUUUCUCGGGCGAAAUUGACGAUCUGGUCGCAAAAAGUAUAAGAAUUAUCUCAUAACAAAGACGGACAACCCUUUGUUGAUGAGUGGGUGCAGCUCCGGAUCGAGCUGGUGAACACGGAUUUUGGUUUAGAUUUUAUCAGAUUCCGACCUCCUCCAUGGAUAUGUCGAGUUCCCAUUAUUCUCAGUGUGAACACGAUGAUGAAUACAAGAAAGAUGAUCAAAAUGACAGUGAUAUGCUCACAGCUCUAUCCAAAGAAAAAGGUUGGAUCACUGAAUAUCUUUACCAAUACAAGUCCUUUUGGUUUACUCCGGCAGCUAUUAAAGGAGUUGAGAAGGCGCAACAACGCUUCGAAGCUCAAUCCACAGAUAUUCUUCUAGCUACUUGCCCAAAAUCAGGAACAACAUGGUUCAAGGCCCUUAUCUUUUCCCUCAUGAAUCGUGAUCGAUUCGAUUUCUCCUCUCACCCUUUACUUACCAAGGCCCCCCACGAUUGCAUUCCCUUCUUGGAAGCAAUCAUAAAAGAUGAAACUUCCUACCAAGAUUAUCGAAUUUCGUGUUCGCCGCGUUGCCUUCUUGCAACCCACAUUCCUUACUCUUUGUUACCAGCAUCUGUUAUGUCUUCCGGGAGCAAAAUUGUGUAUGUUUUUCGCGAGACCAAGGAUGUUCUCGUUUCAAAUUGGCAUUAUAUGAAAAAAUUAAGAGUCAAAGAUCUACCUUCUUUUCCAAUCGAAGACGCAUUUGAUCUGUUCUGCAAAGGGGUGUCACAUUAUGGACCCUUCUGGGAUCAUGUCUCGGGUUAUUGGAAGGCAAGCUUGGAAAAUCCAGACAAGGUACUGUUCUUGACUUACGAGAACAUGAAGAAAGAUCCCAUUGUCUGUCUUACCAAAUUGGCCAAGUUCUUGGAUAAGACAUUUUGCUUAGAAGAAGAGAGAGAAGAGGUUGUGCAGGAGAUUGUAAAGCUUUGUAGCUUUGAGAAUUUGAGUAGCUUGGAAAUAAAUCAGACUGGAGUGCAACAUUUCAGUCCACAAUUUUCUGUUGAGAACCGGCAUUUCUUGAGGAAAGGUCAAGUUGGAGAUUGGAGAAAUCAUCUGACAGUAGAGAUGGGCGAACAGCUGGAUGAAAUCACUAGGCAGAAGCUUUGUGGACUUGUUUGAUAGGAAGUUUGCUUGUCUAUACAAAACCCUAUAGCACCAAGGUAUAAGUUGGUGAUUUACUGUCUAUGCAUGGUCCCGAGGCAUGAAUUGUAUGCAAAUAUAAUUGUUCUGCAGUUGGUGCAAUUGUCAAGUGAUUUUAUCCCAUUGAGCUUUCAUUUCAUAAAGA